UUUCUAUGUACGAUAUAAAUUCUAAUUUUAUAGUAUAAGCCAUUAUCGAUCCAAUUGUACGUGUAUAUAGGAGGGUUUCGACCUUUUCAUUUCAACAAAAAGCAUUCUCUUGAAUAUAGAUAGUAGGAAAAUAAAAAGCACAAGAAUGAGCAAAAAGUUAGUGUUGCUCAUGAUCUUAGUGGCUUCAACUUUAUUUUGCGGCCACCAAGCAGCGGUGGUAAUAGAGGCCACCACCGACACGGAGAUAGUCUCCUCGGUCAGCAGGUCGUGGCCGUUCCCCCGCUGUUGUGAUAGUGACAAACAGAAGGUGAAAAAAUGCAUGACAAAUACAACUUCCAUAGACGAUUGCUGCCCAACAUUUAAGAGCAUACUUGGUCGUAAAUGUCCCUGCUAUCGUUAUGCCAAUUACUUAGAUAAUCAAGCUUUGAUUACUCUUGCUAGUUAUUGUGAUGUCAAGAAUCCAUGCAUGUGUGAAAAGCAAGAAGACAUGACAAUGGCCGUCGAUUCCACCUCGUCCGUCACGUGGCCAUGCCCUCGUCCUCGUCGACGUCCACGUCCACAACCACAACGGAGCUGUUGUGCUGGUGAUAAAGCAAAGAUAAAGACUUGCAUGACAAACACAACCUCCAUAGAUGAGUGUUGCCCAACAUUCAAGAGUACUAUUGGCCGUAGCUGUUCCUGCCAUCGUUACGCCGAGCAGUUAGACAAUCAAGCUUUGAUUACUCUUGAAGCCUAUUGUGAUGUUACCAAUCCAUGUAAGAAAGUGCAAGUGAUACAGCUUCCCCAGUAGGAGAUUGGAGAAAAUAAAGUUACAUGUUUAAUAUUAGUGAGACACGAGAUGAAUUCUAGUCCAUCUCUCUUGAAUAAAGUUUCGUAAUGGUGUUCUGUAAGUCAUGUCAUUUGGAUAAAAUGUACCUAUGCUUUCGCUCUGAGGGCUAAAGUGUACUAGCUGUACCCUUUGAAUUAUUGAGAACACGAUAUUCCCUUUUCCAUUUGGAUAGGAUUAGGCCUCAUUUUAUUAACCUUUCGUUCUCGUUAAUUUCAUGUUUUUUUUUAACAGCACUAUUAUAUCCAUAUAUCUGUUUUAUU